AUGAUGUCAAAAAUAAUAAUAAUAUUUAUUUUUUUCUAUUCAACGGGAUUUUAUUUUGAUCGAAUAGCGGGAGAUCCCGGUCGAGAUUUAUGUAAAAUAUAUAAAGGAGGUUUAAAAUGUUCGAAAUUAUAUUCAAAUUUAUUUCCCUACGAUAUAUUUUUAUCGUUUAACGACGAUUUGGACGGUUACACAAACGAAAUGAAAUAUUUGGAAAUAGGAAAUAGUAACAUAACGAUACUUCAAUCGAGGUCAUUUCAAAGGACGCCAUAUUUAUCGCAAUUGUUGUUGAGUAACGUGAGUCUAACGGAAAUUGAACAAAACGCAUUCGAAGGAUUGAAAAAAUUAAAACUCGUCGAUAUAUCGCGUAACGAUUUGCGUAAAUUAUUCGUCGACACAUUCAAACACACGAAAUUAAAUAGAUUGAAUUUAGAAGGAAAUAAAAAUUUAGAAAUCCCCGAAAACGGUCCAUUUUUAAAUGCCAAAUUUUUAACAUCUCUCAGCUUAAAAAAUUGUAAUAUUCAGCAUUUUUCCGGAUCAACAUUUGGUCAAGUUCCAGAAUUAAUUCAUUUGGAUGUGAGCCACAAUCUUUUAAAAUCAUUACCCGAAGAGAUUUUCACACCUUUGAAACAUUUAACCAUUUUAGAUUUGUCCCAUAAUUUUUUUAUAAAUAUCGAUUUGAAAAUAUUCAAGGGGAUUCCCUCGUUUCCGACUCGUCCGACGUCACUACUCCUAUCGAAUAAUCCGUGGGAAUGCGAUUGCAAAUUAUCGGAAUUUUAUUUGUGGGCAAUGGAAAAUCCAAAAACGAAAAUUUGGACGGAUAAACCUAAUUUAAGCAGAAGUAAAAAAUUAGUCAUUUGUAACAAACCUAAUAACGUUUCUUGGAAUUCUGUCGAAAUGAGAAAAUUAAUGACGUCGUGUUAA